ACACCUCAACCCUAUUCGCCCUCUGUUUGUGCAUACCUCCCAAGUUGUCCUCCAGCUCUAUCAACGCUCAGCGCUCAGACUCGAGGCAACAUUCAUAGUAUAAGCCUACUAAGGCCAAAAUCAUGAAGGUCGUCAGCAAAGAAAACAUUCAAGACUAUCAACGCGCCGUAGCCAUAGGCGGUGCCAAAGGUUUUCUCGGCGGUGUAGCUGUGGCUUUGCCAGCGUCCUACCUCGCCCGCAACCGCUUCGCGUACUACCGCAAUCUACCGCCUUCGCUGAGAGCGCUGGCGGGGAUUAUGGUCGUCGUCCCAGCGUUCGUAAUCUCGGCGGAGACGGCGGGGCGAAGGUACGAGCAGGAGCAUUGGGAGGGCGCUGGCAAGGAUGCAUUGACACUGGAAGAGAAGAAAGAAAUCACGAAAUGGGAACAUCUGUCGAUGGGAGAGAAAAUCGUCGACUAUACCGCUCGCCACCAGUACAGCGUGAUCGCAGGCGCUUGGGCCACUGGCAUCGCUGGCGCUUUCGGUUACAUGAUGCGCGACCCGUUGCAGACUGUGCCACAGAAGGUUGUUCAGGCGCGUGUGUUCGCGCAGGGGCUCACGCUGGCCACGGUGUUGACGGCGGCCUAUGUUUCUCGUAAUGGGCACCACUUCCCAGACGUUGAGGAUGCAGCCAAGCCAAGGAACAAUGACCAUUCGUGGGAAGACAUGCUGAAGAUAUACAAGGAGAAGAAGGACGCUGAUCCCCAAGUGAGAAUCUGAGUGGGACAGAAUAGCAUCCAGUGGCAGCGACGCAGUCAGUAGGUUCGGAGAGUGUACGAGUCCGCUGCUCGAAAGCAGCUUGUAACGAUAGCAGAUGUAUGAUGUAGUACUGUAUACCGAGACUGUGUAGAGCUAUGACCGGAUCAUGAUAGUGGAUGUCUUCCUCCGGUUAGGACGCUGCGUAGACCAGAUACAUGUCGUAGUUCGGCUGAUGGCAGUCGUGACCUCCUCCUAGAGGACCCCUUUUCCAGACAGGCUGCCUCCCAUUACCUAUUAGGAUGCAAGCCCUCACUAGCAUCGCCCAAAUGCCACGGUAAGAGCCACCAAUAGUAUGAAACAAGCGGAAGACUCAAGGAGAUAGGAGAAAAACGUCAGGUCAUGGGCGAUGACACGAUAUUGUCGCUCGUACGAUGCAACGUCG